AUGCGGCCGGCUCUCCCCCCGCCCGUGGCGCGCACGGCCGGCUCCGGCCCCGCCCGGCCGUGCCCGCCGCCCCCGCCCCCGGCCAUGCCCGUCCGCCCCCGCCCGUGGAGCGACGGCCAGCUCCCUGCCACGCCCGUGAUGGACGUGACCGGCGCCGCCCCGGCGCGUGCCCGCUCGCCCGCCCCGCCCCGCCGCGUGGCGGGACGGCCGCCUCCGCCCCCGCCCGUGGUGCGCACGGCCGGUCCGGCCCCCUCGCCGCUCGUCCGCCCCGCCCCCGCCCGUGCCCGCGCGGCGCGCUCGCCCGUGCCUCACCCGUGCCCGCGCGUGGCCGAGCGGCCGGCGGCGCCCGCCCGUGCCCGCGCGUGGCCGAGCGGCCGGCGGCGCCCCGCCCGUACCCGCGCGUGGCCGACGCGGCCGGCGGCGCCCGCCCGUCCCCGUCCGUGCCCGCACUCCAUCGCGGCGAGCUCCGCCCACGGCGGCGUGGCUCGCGUGGCCGGCGUCCGUUCCCUCGCCCGUGCUCGCGGCGAGCUCCGCCCACGCCCAUGGCUCGCGCGGCCGGCGCCCGUGCCCGCGCCGUCGACGAGGUUUGUCGUCGGAGCUCUUUUUGGAAGCAGCAACUUCCGGCAUGGAUGA